GGUUGCGACAAAUACACCGGGCUGUGCCACUGCAAGCGUCUCGUGACUGGCGAGAACUGUGAUCAGUGCUUGCCGGAGCACUACGGACUUUCCGAGACCCCGGAGGGUUGCUUCCCGUGCGACUGCAACAUUGGAGGCUCCUUGGACAACACCUGUGACCUCAAGACGGGCCAGUGCAAGUGCAAGGACGGAUUCUCGGGCAGAACCUGUGACGUCUCCGAGUCGUCCACCUUCUGCGCCAGCAUCGACCAUUACACCUAUGACGCGGAGAACUCGAAUAUCACCAAUGCCGACGUCGAGUACCGUGAACGCCCCGAUGAGGCCCGGGACCACACCUGGACCGGCGAGGGCUUCGUUCGUGUUACCGAUCGUAGUAUGCUGGCCUUCAAGGUCGACAACCUGCAGACGAGCAACGACUACAACAUCGUGAUCCGCUACGAUGGCCAAAGGGACCCCGUCGGCUGGGAGAACAUCCAGAUCACCAUCAUCCGCCCCGACGACCCGAGCCCGGACAGCCGCUGCAAGGACGCCAACCCGUCCGAUGACUUCCUAAUUGCGCGCCUACCGCCGGGUGGCCGUUAUAUUGAGGUUCAACCCGCCGUCUGCCUCGAUGCUGCUACUCCAUACGAAAUUCGUCUUCAAUUCGGUGAAAAGCGCACCGGCGUGAAUGACCGUGGCGCUACCCUCCUGAUCGACUCCAUCGUCCUCGCCCCGCCGAUGCAGGCCCUGGCGGAAUUCCACACGCCCCGAGGCCAGCCAAGUCGCGAAGAAUACGAGCGUUACCAAUGCCGAAACAUCGCCCUGUCCAUCACACCGCUCAAGGAUUACACGGAGGUCUGCAAGAAAUACAUCUGCCCGGUUGCGGCUAUGGCUUUCAACACCACGUUGGACUGUGAUUGCGACCCGACCGGAUCUUUCUCAGGCAUUUGCAAGCCCGGCGGUGGCCAGUGCGAGUGCAAGUUGAAUGUUGUUGGAAGGCGAUGCGACCGUUGCGCCGUCGGAACUUACGGCUUCGGCCCGUCCGGAUGCCAGGAAUGCGCUUGCGACUCGAUCGGAUCUCUGCAUAAUCAGUGCGACAAGCAGUCCGGCCAAUGUCUCUGCCGCGAGAAGGGCAUCUACGGACGUCAGUGCAACCAGUGCCAACCCGGCUUCUGGAGCUUCCCGGAUUGCCGUGUGUGCCAGUGCAACGGCCACGCCAACAUUUGCGACCAGCAAACCGGAGCUUGCAUCGAGUGCCGAAAUCUGACGGCUGGACACUACUGCGAUCGGUGCCAGGAUGGAUAUUAUGGAGAUCCACGACUUGGUGUCUCCCUGGCCUGCAAACCCUGCCCGUGCCCAGGCGGCCCGACCAGUGGCUUCCAACAUGCUGACACUUGCUAUCUGACCCGAACGAAUGGAACUCAAGACGUGCAAUGCAACUGCCGACCCGGAUACGUUGGCGAACGAUGCGCCGAGUGUGCCGUGAACCAUUGGGGCAACCCGAAAGCCGUCGGAGAGGAGUGCGUCAAGUGCGACUGUAAUGGCAAUAUCGAUAUUGGGGUCGAAGGCUCCUGCGACAAGGAAACCGGCGAAUGUCUGAAGUGUCUCUACAACACCGAGGGUGCCCAGUGCGAGAACUGCGUUUCCGGCUUCUUCGGGGAUGCCAAGAUCCGAUCGUGCCAACGCUGCGUGUGCAACCAUUUGGGAACGAAUGCAACCGCUGGAGCCUGCGACAUCAUCACCGGCCAGUGCCCGUGCUACCCGAACGUCAUCGGGGAGCAGUGCGACCAGUGCGCGGACAAUCACUACAAUUUGGCGAGUGGAGAGGGAUGCGCCUCUUGCGAGUGCGACUCGAACGGUGUCAUCAAUGACCAUGAGGGCAACCCGCAGCUUCAGUGCAACAGAUUCGACGGUCGUUGCCAUUGCAAGGCUGGACGUGGAGGACGCACCUGCUCCGAGUGCGAAGACCUCUUCUGGGGAGAUCCGACCAAGGCCGACGGCUGCCAGCGCUGCGAGUGCAACCCGACCGGAAGUGCGACUGCCCAGUGCAACCGCCAGAAUGGAACUUGCGUGUGUCUGCCAGGAUCUGGAGGCGCUCUCUGCAACGAGUGUGCGCGUGGAUACACCGGCCAGUGGCCGUACUGCCAGCCUUGCGGCGACUGCUUCCAUCAGUGGGAUGGUAUCGUGCAGGGGCUGAAGUCGAAGGUCGAAGGCCUCAUCAACACCGCCAACAACAUCGAGGACACCGGCGUGGCGUCUGCCUACGACGAAAAGUUCGAGAAGAUGGAGGGCGAACUUGCCGAGACCAAGAAGAAGCUCGAGGAGGCCAACAUCAGCCAGGAGCACCUCGACGACCUCGAGAAGAAGAUUGACCGCCUUCGCGGCCUGAUGACGAAGGCUAGGGACCGUCUUGACGUCGUCGAGAGCAAUGUGGCAAAUGCUACCCAGGCAGUGGACUUUGCUGAGCAGGAGCUGGAGGAUAUGGAGGCUGAGGCCGAGCGAUUGACGCAGAAAUCGAUGGAUCUGCAGGAGAAGGCCAACAAGAUCAAGGAGACCGAUGUGCAGGGAGCCUACAACAUCACCAAGGAGUCCGCGCAGAAAUCUUUGGCCGCUCAGAGGAGGGUUGAUGCUGCGAUGGGCAAGGUCGCCGAAGCCGAAACCGAGGCCACCGCUACCGAGCAGCUGAUGGAAAAGAACCGCGAAGACUUUGACGAGCAGUACUCCCAGAACGAGAAGCAGCUCCAGGAGAGCGAGCAUGCUGUGCACCUCCUCGAAGCCGCGCUCCCCGACCUCAACAGGCAGAGUUGCAUGGAAGGAGCUGUGUCUCAAGCCGAGCAAGCCAAAAGCUUCGCGCUCGAGGCUGACUUGAAGCUCAAUGAGAAGCAGAAGGAGAGCGAGCAGGUGUUGACGCUGGUUCGUGAUGUGCUGUCGGUGACUGACGCUGCCAAGAGGGAGGCUGAGGAGACAUUGAGGGUCGCGAAAGAAGCAGCAGCUCGUGCUAACCACACCCGAAAUGAGCUCGACACUAUGGUCGGAGAAAUGGAAGACUUCAUCAGCUCUAACCGCAGCUCCCCCGAACAAGUCCGAAGCUUGGCCGAGGAGGUCUUGAAGAUGGAGAUCAGCCUCAAGCCCGAUCAGAUUGACGAGCUCGCCAAGAAGAUCCACGAGGCCCUCGGCAAGAUCAACAACAUUGACGCGAUCCUCCGUGAAACCCAGGCUGAUAAGCAGAAGGCGACUAGUCUGGAGGAAGAAGCUAGGAGGGCGGAGGAGCGUGCCAACGUCAUCAAGAACACCACGGAAACUGUUCGGGAGGCCUUGAAGGUGGCUCAAGAGGUUCAGACAGCGGCUAACGAUGCCAUUAGGAAUGCUGAGGAGAAGAUGACCAAAGCUAGAGAAAACCUCGAAUCCGCCAAGACUGAGACAGAAGAAGCCGAGGGACGCGCCAAAUCGGCCAACGAGACCAUGGCAAAGCUUGAAGCUGAUUUGAAGAAAGUUCGCGUCCAAUACUUGCAGAUUUCUGACGACGCCAAGUCGGCCUACACCUCCGUCGACAAGGCCCAGCAAGCCGCCGCGACAGCCGAGGCUCAGAAUAAGCAGAUUGAGAACGACAUGGCUACCGCCAGAAAGUUGCUUGUGGAAAGGACAGAAGGAAAUGAGGCGCCACAAAAGCGGGCUGAAGAGCUGCGACAACGAGCUCACAACUUGCUCUACAAGGCCAAGAAGUACAACGGGGACAUCUCGGCCCUCACCAAGGAUUCGACAGAGCUCCAGCUGGCCGACUACGUCCAGGUGCUCGAUCAGCUCAACCAGCGAUUGACGACGGUACAACACGACAUCGACCGUCGCAUUGACUACUACAGCAACUGCGAGCACGGCCAGUCGUUCAACCCGGCCUAU